ACAUUCGACGGUCAUUUCUUCUGAAAACACUGCUUAAUGCCCUCAACCUUUCGCCAAUGGAAGAACGAGAAGACUCACCUGCAACAGCCCUAACUCUAAACACCCACCUCUGUGCAAAUUGAAUCUAUCAAAGCACACAUGCCCAGGUUGCUUUGUGCGCUCCUGUAGUCUUCCUUGUGUUAAAGCUCACAAGCAACAAACUGGGUGUACGGGUAAGAGGCAGCGGACCCAGUUCGUUCCCCUCUCUCAAUUUGACGAUAAUCUCCUCUUAUCUGGUAACUUUUUCUCCCAAUUUUGUUCUUUGUUGUCAAAUUUCAAUACCCAUUUGGCUAUUCUGAAGAUUUGUCAUCAGUGGAUUGUGGUCACCAUUGAGGAAGUUUACUGCUUUUUUUUUUCUUGAAAUUUCGAUAUGUUUCGCCAUUUUGAAGAUGUUCGGCAAUGGUGUAUUGUAAUUAGCUUGGGGAAUUUUGCUCUUUGGUCUUCAUAUUACAGUGUUUUCUUUUGCUGGUUUGUCCAUUCCUUCGCAGUCAUGGCUGCUUUGAAGAUCUUUCUGUAUUAUAAUUUGCUCGAGGAAGUGAAGAGGGUUGCAGAAUCUGCGCAGAGAACAAGAGUUAAUUUGUGCGGGCAUUCUCAUUUUAAGAUUCCAUCCCAUCCUCGAGGCCUUAGUAAUGCUUCACAGAGUCACAGGACGAAACUCCUAUUUCUCCCCAGUGGAAUGUCGAAGAGGGAGAAAAAUAAAUCUGAAUACAACCAAAGAAUAAAUGAAAACUCAACCCUCUCAUCUGUAAUUGAGAACCAUCUAAAGCCUGGGCCAUGGAAUCAUAAGCUCAAACCGAUCUGUUGAGAGCAGCUGGACUGUCUCAAAUUUUUCAUUCGUAAAUAUCCAAAGGUAUUUCCUUUUGUUUGCUGAUUCAUAGUUGCUGACUUGUUGACAGUCAACCCUCUCAUCUGUAAUUGAGAACCAUCUAAAGCCUGGGCCAAAAGCUCAAGCCGAUCUGUUGAAAGCAGUUGGACUGUCUCAAAUUUUUCAUUUGUAAAUAUCCGAAGGUAUUUCCUUUUCUUUGCUGAUUCAUAGUUGUUGACUUGUUGACUAUGCUGAACCCAGCUUUAUUGUUGGAUUGCAUUGAGCUAGUGUUGAGGCCAUGAGCCAAAAUGCCAGCUAAGGUAUAGCACAUCAUCCAUGCACCAUUUGUUAGUUGGAUUUUUUUACUGUGGUUUAUUGUCCGUCCUCUUUGGAGAUGGUCCAUUUAUGCUAGGCACUGCUGCUGAAAUCUUUGAAAUUGAGAGGCUAGGAUUUGCUCAACUUGCAACAUGCAGUGCAUUGCCAACCAAAAAAUUAUUCUUGUCUCUUUGGUUCUCUGGUUCAAAUAAUGGUUUAUGGUGGGUAAAAUAAUUGGUCCCCCAACUGGUCUGUAAACAAAAUACCUGAAUUUACAUUUUUUUCCCCUGGAUUUGGGAAAUGAGCAUCCUGGGUUGGGACUGAAUUGGGUUAUUGGUGGAUGCUCUAUUUGGGUUUCUGUUGGCCUUCAAUUCUAUUGCACCUGUGUUACCUAUGAAAAUAAUUUUCUACUAUUCCCACCCGAACUCCAGCCAUUACCUGAUGUCUGCUCAAAUAUUUUCCACCUGUAGCAUUUCCUUGUAUAUAACUUUCCUUGCUUUAUAUUAUUAAAAACGGAAAAAAAAAAAACACUAUCAAAACAUUUUUCCCCUCGUGAACAAGAAAAAAAAUUCUAUCUGAAAAAAAAUCUAAUCCUUCCAUGUCACUAUAGGGUCCCAGGUCACCUUUCUAUGAGUUGGAUAUAAGAGCUCCAAUAAGACAUCAAUUAGCCAGUUUAGUUAUUCUGGAGUACCCUCUGAUUCAUGUUUUCCUCCCUUCACAUAGCUAUGAUUUCAAUGUCAUUAAAGAUGCCAAUCUCUGUCGUCAUCAACCAGAGCUUAAGAAGUCUGUUGCCAUUGAUCACCCAAGUCCAGAAGGCAUUUCAUUCAGGGAAGAGGAAAUAGAAGAACAUGGUGGUUCUUCAGAUCCUCAGAUUCUAAGAUCUCAUGAAGCAUGUGAAAUCGACAGAAGCUAAUAAGCCACAGUCCAUCCCCCCAGAAGAAGGAACCAGGCGAGAACAUGGAUUUUGAUUUUGAUCAAGUCUUGCUUGAUGCAUACUUUGAUAUAAUUGCUCAAAUUAAUCCUGCUGAUUUUCUUGAUUGGGAAGGUUACUUUUCCAAGGAAGUAAAAUCUAAAGAAAGAAUAGAUUGUUCAGAUCUUGGUAGAGUUUUUCCAGUGGAGGAAUUAGAGGAAGGGGAGAUUCCUGGGUGCUGAACAAUUGAAUGCUCAUUGAUCUGUUCAAGACGAAUAAGAACUCAAAAUUGAAGAAUCAUCUCCCUAUUAUUAUUUCUAAACAUUAUGAAGCGCAAAGUCCUCAAUUCUCCAUGCAUGACACAUUCCCAUUUAGAUAGAGCCUAAGGAGGCUGUGAAUUGAGUGAUUGUGGGCACUACACCUCUAUUGCUUUGUGAUCAAUGGCAAUUUUUAUGGUUGAAACUGCAGUCUCUGUUGAUGGGGUUUCUCAAGUUCUGAAACCGCCUGGCUUCUUGAUCAUCAUCGGAUUUCUUCAGAGGGCCCACACAUUGAUGUCUUGGAGCAGCAGUUACUGUAAGUUAUUUAUGGUCUUGUCAUUUUGUUUCUCUCCAGUGUCAAACUUUCUCUUCUUCCAGAAUGUUGUUACUUCAAACAAUUACUAUGAUUCAUUUAUACAUUAAUUAGCUAUAGUACCUUUUA